AUGCGAGUGAGACUGAAUGCCCUGGGUUAUGGAGAAAGUGUGGGGUCUAGGAAGUGGCAUUUUGAUGUGAACAAGUCCACUGGGAUAAGCAAUAAGAACUGCGCCGGGGAUGGCGGGGACGCGCACUCCGGCCUCUCCGGCGGACAGCGCGCCCAACUCCAGCGGGGCUCCGGCCUGCGGGCCGGCCAGCCGGGGGCGGCGGGAGACACGAGCAACGGCCGCCGCCGCCGCCGCCGCCGCCGCCGCCGCCCCCGGAGGAGCCGCGGGAGCCCGCCCAGCGCGGGAGCGGCCGGGGCCGGGGCCGGGGCCGGGGCCGGGGCCGGGCGCAGCCGUCCGCCUCGCGCUUCGCCCCCCCCCAACGGCCGCCGCUCGCCAACGGCCGGACAAACGUGCGAAAGGGGCACGACGCCCGAGAGCCGCCUCCCGCCGCCCCCUACUUACCGGGUCCCGUGCCCGAGUACAUCUUUGGGCCUGAGGAGGGGCGCGGGGGAGGCUGAGGGGGGGCGGGCGGGCGAGCGAGCGAGCGAACGGCUUCCCCGAUGGCGACGAGCGCCGCACGGCCCCGCGGCUUCAGGCGGGCGGCUCGACGAACAGCUUCUGCCCUCUGGUGGCCAGAGAUGGGAAGACAGACGGGGCCGGAGCAGCUCCGACCUGGGGCCUUGGGACGGCGGAGGACUGAGGGCCACUCGAGAAGGUAUAGGAUCAAUGUCAGCCUCUGGCACCGCCAAGCUGGAAGAGUGACUCCUCUGGCCCCACUCGAAUGAUCACCUGUGCACAAGGAACUCAUUGGGAAGUCAGUGAGAGCCGCAGGGUGUGGCAGAAUAAAGUUCUACACGACAGCAUUUAGAAGCCCUUAGGUCACAUGUGAAGAAACCCUAGAUGUACAAAUCAGUAUUAAAGGUACUGCCUCACCACA